CAAACGCCGUUUCCGGAAGCCACUGGUCAGCUGCUUGGGCGCUGGUGUUUAUAUGUAGCUUGAUGGCUAAAGUCGAUAGUUAGUGGGUUAUACUGCCGGAUGUUGUUUUUGAAAAUAGUUGCACAGUAGUUUUUUGUAAAUCUAUAGACUGUCAAGUUAAAAAUGAAGUCUGUGUUUCUUCUCGAGGCCUUCUCCGUCGCUUGUUUUGUGCUUUUAAACCAAGUGACAGCUAAGAAUUCUGAAGACAUCCGUUGUAAAUGCAUCUGUCCGCCAUACAGAGACAUCGAGGGUCAAAUCUACAAACAAAAUGUCUCUCUCAAAGACUGUAACUGUCUCCAUGUGGUUGAACCGAUGCCGGUCGAUGGAAAAGAUGUGGAGGCCUACUGUUUACGCUGCGAGUGUAAAUAUGAAGAGAGGAGCUCGGGGACCAUUAAGGUUACCAUCAUAAUGUACCUCUCCAUUUUGGGCCUGCUACUGCUGUACAUGGUCUACCUGACUCUCCUGGAGCCCAUAUUGAAGAGGCGUCUAUUUGGACAUUCACAGCUAAUCCAAAGUGAUGAUGAUGUUGGGGACCAGCAGCCUUUUGCCAAUGCUCACAACGUUCUGUCGCGUUCGCACUCUCGACCAAACAUGCUGAACAAAGUGGAGCAUGCUCAGCAGCGCUGGAGGAGGCAGGUCCAGGAGCAGAGGAAGUCUGUGUUCGACCGCCAUGUCGUUCUCAGUUAAACUGCCUCUUGGAGCGAGAACUACCGGUGGAGCGAAAAAACAAAUCACUGUGACAGACGCCUCAAUUUAUAUCCCUUCCUAACUCUCCAUUUUUGGUUUGUAUCUCAUGCAGCGGGGCACUUCCCAGGUGAACAGGGGGGAGGGGGGGGGGGGGGGGGAGAUGUCGAUCUGUAGAGCAGAGGUCCCUGUUAAAUGUACAUUUUUUGAGCUGGGAACUCUUUGGUCUGCAGGCAGCACAAGAGAUCAGUGACUCCCUUUCUGCACAAUCUUAAAUGAACAGUCUUAAAGAGCAUCUUUCCAAAAGCAGAAUUUACUCUCUGCCUACUGUCUGGUUUGAAUAAGUAAGAAGUGCCAAGUUAUCAGAUGAUUUGCUGUGGAUAAUUUGAUGGGAGUGACCAAUAAAUGUUGGAUAAAAAAGUGGAUGUUUUGUAACAUUCUCCAACUCUUUCUGGCCAUCGUGUCAUUUGCGGUCCCCUCAGUCUAAAGCUAGCAAGUCUUUCAUAUUUUAAAGCAUUUUCUGGCUUUCAGGCUAAAACAUCCAGAUGUUGGUUAACUGGAUAACGAGAGCAACCCCCCCGGCUGGAGUCAUAACCUGUUAACUUGUAGCUGGUUGGUACUUUCCACACUUAAUAAUAUAACUCGAAUCUACUGCUUGCACCACAUGAGGAAGGAAAAACUGUACAAUAUAAAUCUUUCAGCCUUCUUUGAAAAUGCAUGUUUUAUAAUGAAACUUUUAUAAAUGCGUUUUGAAUCCUUUAUCUCAACCGUAAUGUCUGAUAACUGGUGUGAAAUCCAUCAUUUAACGCAUAACACUAUAUUUGGCUUCUCAAAGUAGUUGCAGGAAUCGAUGCAAUCUCUUGGUGAUGUCAUUGUAAUCGUAGCUGUUCUUCUGAUCCUCCAUCUGUUGAAGACCUUCUUGAAUUCUGUGAUUUCUUCAACACCCUAAACGGAUCUAAUGAGUAGUCUUAUAUUUUGGCACUUCUGUGUGCUUGGUAUCAGUUGCAUUACCAUGGUCUUGUCUAUCAGGCAGCAUUAGUAUGACUGGUGUUAUUCUAAGCGAAAGGGAGGUUAUUGUGUGGCUACUGGGGCUGUGUGGAGACCGCUGGAAGUGUUCUUGACAAUUGUAUAUGUUCUAUCUUUAACUUUCAAAUAAAUUGAUGUAAUAUUUGU